UGGCCCUUAAACAAGUGCCAAACGUGCAGCGAACCAAGUGCUUAAUAAAUACCCGUGUUUAUUAUUUUAGUAUUAAGUAAACAAUCAAAUUUAACUAAACUAAGCUAUUAAUAGUAUAAUAAACAGUAACAACAGCCGGAUUAAAGAUUAAAAUCUUAGUCAACAUUUAAUAAUAAGAAACCUCAGAUUAGUUUUGGAAUGUUGGUAUAAAUUCAACGGCCUAACAUUCGGUCGGUGCUCGAAAAUAUCGGGAAAACCGUCGAGCACAGUCUGAAUUUACAUUCGAGCCAGUGUAAGUCAGGCCGGCGGGCAGUGCGCUGAACAGCAAAUCCGACAACGGCGACAACGAAACACAAUAAGAAAGCAAUAAGUAGCGCACGUCGGAUCCGACGAGUUCCAUGACUUGUCCGCAUCGUGCACGCCGCCGACGCGCCUGCGAGUUCAUAACAUAAUCGACGAUCAAUCGCGCUACCGACUGCUACCACACCACGUGCGCCGAUUCAAACAUCCGAAUGUGUGACAGCGAAAACGACAACGACAAAAAUAUCUGACAUUUAUAUUCGUAUUUUAUUUAUUUCUCUACAUAAAAAUAUAAACCAUGUGCGACGAAGAGAAACCAAUGGUCAACGGUUCAAACGGUGUGACUGUAGUGAAUGGUACCUGCGAUAGGAAAUCAUUGGAAGCUGAUAAUACUGAAAUGGAACCACCUGAUGGCGGGACCAUCGCAUGGUUGGUGAUGAUCGGUUCAUUUCUUUGCAAUGGUAUACUUUUUGGAGUCAUCAAUACCUACAGCGUGCUUUAUGAAGAGAUUUACGAAAAUUUAUCCGCCCGAAAUGUCACUGAUGCUUCCAGUAAAGCAGCACUGGUUGGGUCCUUAGCAAUGGGUACGACUUUCAUGGUAUCACCUGUUUCUGGUGUCAUCUCGGACGCGUUCGGUAUACGUCGUACCACAUUCCUUGGAGGAGCGAUUGCUACAACUGGGAUGUUCUUAUCCUCAAUCUUCCCUUACAAUGUUUACUCACUGUACGUUACUUAUGGUGUUAUGUAUGGAUUGGGCUGUGCGUUGGCUUAUACUCCUUCGUUGGCCAUCAUAGGACAUUACUUCAAGCGAUACAUGGGCGUUGUUAGUGGUGUGGUCACCACAGGUAGCGCUGUUUUUACUGCCAUUCUUCCCAAUGUGAUUGCGUACUCGUUAAAAACCACCGGAAUUGUAUGGACGCUGAGAUUGAUUGCUCUAAUGGCUAGUGGAAUAAUGUUUGCGUCCCUACUUUUUAAACCCAUUGCCAAAAAGGUGGAAAGUAAGGAAGUUACAUUGAAUAAUUGUAUCAAUGUUUCCAUAUUCCGCAACAAAAAGUACCUGAUCUGGAGUAUUGUUUUACCCAUCAGUCUAUUUGGAUAUUUCGUGCCCUAUGUGCACAUGACAAAGUUCGUACAAGAGAACUACUCGAAAGAGAACGACGGCAAAUGGCCGGUGAUAUGCAUUGGUGUCGCUUCCGGUAUCGGCCGGUUAAUAUUUGGCUACGUAUCGGAUUUUAAAUGUGUGAACCGUGUGUUCCUGCAGCAAAUAUCGCUGUUGGUUAUUGGCGGUGUGACUACAAUUUUACCGUCAACAGCGGGAUCUUUUAGCACAUUGAUUGCGAUGACUUUAUUAAUGGGUUUGUUUGAUGGAUGCUUCAUUUCCAUGUUGGGGCCCAUUGCAUUUGACUUGUGUGGUCAGAAAGGUGCAACUCAAGGAAUAGGAAUGCUCCUGGGCUUAUGUUCCGUACCACUGACACUCGGGCCGUACCUGGCUGGAAUACUCUACGAUCAUAUGUCCUCCUAUCAUCUUGCAUUCCGGAUUUCCGGAGUGCCACCGAUUCUGGGCGCGAUUGCGCUGUGCCUUAUACGUUUCGUCGACGGCAACAACAACGAUUCAAUCGAUUGUGAGCUGCGUGUGCCUUUGAGGGGCAACAGUAAGAAGACUUGUAUUAAUGGCAGUAAUGGCUAUCAUGCAGAACCUAAUGGAGCAGUUGGCAACGGUGAUAAUGAGCAUAGGCACGAAGAGAACUUGGUCUGACAUCACUGACUAAUCAUAUCAUUUAAACAAAUACCUAACGAUGUUAGAAUGUACAGAGGGUGGAUUUUUACGGUUUCCUUUUUUAUGUGCGAUGCGGACUUACUUUUUAUUACUUAAACCUUCGAGUAUUAAUUUCUAGCGAUUGUGUUGAUUUCGAUACCAUGGGGUAUCAGUGCGUUGAGGAGUUCAACAAACUGGUUACUACGAGAAUACGAGCUGUUACGCAACGUUAUUGAUAAUUUCAUCAUAGCAUGCAGGCGCGAUUACGGUUACCGACUUGUGCGGAUUUUUAUUACUGAAAUUUGUACCCGUGGACUGAUCGUGCAAGAAAUAUACAUUUAAACAUA